AUGUUUCAGUACUGGUACGCUCAUCAAACAAAUAGCGUGCGUUGGGCGGGUGCAGUGUCGGACUCAUAUGGGUUAGCUUGCGGCGUGAGACAGGGCGGAUUAACAUCUCCUACCCUCUUCAAUUUAUAUAUUAAUGAGUUGAUCAUCGAGCUCAGUAGCCAACAUGUUGGCUGUCACGUUGAUGGAGUUUGCGUCAACAAUUUAAGUUAUGCGGACGACAUGGCGCUGUUGAGCGCGUCGGUCUGCGGUCUGAGAAAGCUCGUUGAAAUUUGCGAGAAGUACGCGUGUGGCCACGGACUUUUGUAUAACGUUAAGAAAAGUCAAUGUAUGGUCUUUAGGGCGGGUACUAAUUGUCCCAGGGAUGUACCACCGGUAAGAAUAAGUGGUACGCCUCUGCAGUGGGUUUCUCAAUUUAAAUACUUAGGUCAUAUUAUAGCUGCCGACCUUAAGGAUAAUGCCGACAUUGACAGGGAGCGGAGGGCAUUGUCAAUCAGAGCCAACAUGAUUGCCCGCAGGUUUGCACGAUGUUCACGGCAGGUCAAAAUUGCGCUGUUCAGGGCUUACUGUACGUCGUUGUAUACCUGCAGCCUGUGGGCUGACUAUACUAAAAGGAGUUACAAUGACCUCCGCGUCCUUUACAAUAACGCGUUCAGAGUGAUAUUGGGGCUGCCCCGAUUCUGUAGCGCUUCGGGUAUGUUUGCGGAGGCGCGAACAGACUGUUUUCAUGCAGCCAUGCGUAAGCGAAGUGCGUCCCUGGUGCGCAGAGUACGGACCAGCUCCAAUGUCAUUUUGAACAUGAUAGCCGACCGACUGGAUUGUCCAUACACCCGGUGUUGCUGUGAAAGACAUGUCGCGGUGUCUAUGCCGCUGAGGAGGUAUUGA